AUGCGUAGCGAAAGACUGCGCUCCGUUCCUGACACCAAAACCAACAAGCUCGCUAUCUCUAUUCCCGAUUCGCACCAUACGGUUCAGGCCACAUCCCAAUCCGCAGGUAUCGAACUCCGACGCAGACCAUGGAGUGCGACGGACUCCAGUCAUGGUACAGGUCUACCAAAGCCCACACCCACCACAAAGCAUUUCGACAUCAACCAGGAUACUGAGCCCGCGUCCCUUUACUAUACUCCUGCAACUUGCCCACCGGACGAGUUCGUCCUUGAGAAUGGGUACACACUCCAAACAGCGAGUCCCCACCAGCCCCUAGAGCUGCUAAUUGGCGUAACAUACUACAACGAGAGCAGAUCUUUCCUAGCCAAAUCUCUCCAAGGCGUUCUCGAUAACGUGCGCCACGCUGCAAGGCAUACAUCGAUAGAUGGCUGUGAUGCUGCUGAUGCUGUGUCGCGGAGGACAGUGAUAUGCCUACUCCUGGAUGGCUAUGAGCACUGUGAUUCGGAAGUGCUGGAACUACUCACAUCAAUUGGAAUCUUCCAGGAGGAGCUCAUGCGAUCGCAGGUCGAUGGCGUUGCAACUACAGCACACAUCUUUGAGCGUACAUGUUGGUUGUCAUCCUCGGAAUUGAGCAGCGAUAGGAUAAUCGAAGUUGAGAACGACGAGAUUCGGACCCCCAUGCAGAUCCUUCUAUGCCUGAAAGAAAAGAACGCGAAGAAAAUCAAUUCCCACCGCUGGCUCUUCAACGCAUUCGGCCGAAUCCUCAAUCCGAACGUCUGCAUCCUUCUCGACGCAGGCACGAGACCCCAGCCAUCAGCUCUAACUGGAAUAUGGAAAGCGUUUCAGGACGAUCCCAACCUCGGUGGUGCAUGUGGCGAGCUCUGCGUCGACGUGGGCCCACGGUGGAAGAAUCUACUCAAUCCUCUUGUUGCUGUUCAGAACUUCGAGUACAAGAUGAGCCACAUCAUGGACAAAAGCCUGGAGAGCUGUGUGGGUUACGUCUCUGUGCUGCCAGGAGCAUUCUCUGCAUACCGGUAUGAGGCGCUGCGAGGCGAGCCGCUCCGACGCUAUUUCCAAGGAGAUCACUCCUGUCAAUCAUCGUCGGAGCUUGCACGAUACUCAACCGUCUUCCACAAGAACAUGUUCCUGGCCGAGGACAGGGUUCUGGGCUUCGAGAUUCUGGCAAAGGCAGGCGCCAAAUGGCAUCUAGGCUACGUCUGGGGCUGUCGUGCUGACACGGACGCACCUCCCGACAUUGUGGAGCUCCUUGUCGCGGGCACAGCGUCAGCCCACGCCUCCACGAUCGCCACGAUCAAUAACUACCUUCUCGGAUUUUACGUCUGGUUCUUGGUGUUCCAGAUCAUUCUCGCCCUCGGCUCGCGACCACGAGACCUCCGCUACCUCAACCUGCUCUCAGCUCUCGUCUUCUGCAUGUUCUCAGCCUACAUCCUCUCCCUCUCCAUCUACUCGCUCCAAGCCCUCGCCCAAUCCUAUGCCAACGCACAACCCUACCCAGGCAGCACAGCAUUAUUCUCCAAGUCCAACCUAACCAGCUCCAUCCUCGUGCUAGCAGUCAUAUUCGGUGGCCCAAUAAUCUGCUCCCUCGCCCACCUCUCCGCCUGGCACAUACUCACCUCCUGGCUUCAGUACAUCCUCUUCGCGCCCUGCUUCGUCAAUCUGCUCAUGCUCCAUGCGUUCUGCAACUGGCAUGAUGUCUCCUGGGGCACCAAAGGCAGCGAUGUGGCGCAGCAAGUAACAAUAACUCCAGCACUCGAGCGCGCCUCAGGCCGAAGCUGGACUGUUCCCGGCGAGGAGUUCAAAGAGCGGCCCACACCACUGAGAAGGCUGCUGACGCGGCUUUCGUCCCGACAAUCCUCCCUGAAUGCUGGGUUGCAGGAGCAGUCCGAGGCAUAUCGGAAGCUCAGAACCUACUUGCUGCUGGCUUGGCUCCUUUCAAACUUCGCAAUCGCUGUCUGCAUCGGCUCGUGGGAUAUCGAGGUGCGUACACGAAACGAGAAAUUGCCUUGA